GGCUGACGCGCCGCGUCGGCAGCUGCCGGCCCGCCUAUACACGCCCGUCCGCUGCAGCCGCACACGCCGAGCGUUUCUUCCACUCGCAGUCUUGCGAGCGCGCGCACACACGCCCCCGGGCAGAGGGAGCGAGAGCGGCCGGGCCGCAAAAACCCUCUGCGUCCAUCUCUGGGUCACGGCCGCCGGGGAGAGGCGGCGACGUGCGCACGAGUGAAUCACGCUCACGCGCGCACAGUGAGAUCGGGCGUUCCUCCUGGCCAUGGGAGGUUUUAGGCGGUGGCUGCCGUUCGGCGGCGGGUGCUGCUGCUGCGGCGGCGGCGGGGGAGGAGGCAGGGGCGUGGCGGACGGGCUGGUGUGGGACGUGCCUCUCAAGGCGCACGCGUCGGGGGACUACUCCAUCGCCGUGGCGCAGGCCAACGAGGCGCUCGAGGACCAGGCGCAGGUGCUCGCGGCGCCGGGCGCCACGCUCGUCGGCGUCUACGACGGCCACGGCGGGCCCGAGGCCGCGCGCUUCGUCAACAGGCGCCUUUUCUCCCUCAUCCAAGAUUAUGCGGCCGAGAACGGGGGCCUGUCGGCGGAGGUGUUCCAGAAGGCCUUCGGCGCGACGGAGGACGAGUUCGUGGGCAUGGUGCAGAAGUCGUGGCCGUCGCAUCCGCGGAUCAUGUCCGUGGGCUCCUGCUGCCUGGUGGGCGCCAUCGAGAACGGGACGCUGUACGUGGCCAACCUCGGCGACUCGCGCGCCGUGCUCGGCCGCCGCGACGACGGCCCCGGCCGAGGGAAGCGGGUGGUGGCGGAGCGGCUGUCCCGGGACCACAACGUCGCCGACGAGGACGUGCGGCGGGAGGUGACCGAGAUGCACCCGGACGACUCGCACAUCGUGCUCAACAGCCACGGCGUGUGGCGGAUCAAGGGGAUCAUCCAGGUGUCCCGAUCCAUCGGCGACGUGUACCUCAAGAAGCCGGACAUGUGCCGGAGCAACCCGAUGCUGCAGCAGUCGCUGUGCCCGUUCCCGCUGCGCCGCCCCGUGAUGAGCGCCGUGCCGUCGAUCACGACCCGGGAGCUCCGCCCCGGCGACCGGUUCGUCAUCUUCGCGUCCGACGGGCUGUGGGAGCAGCUCAGCGACGACGCCGCGGUGGGCAUCGUGGCGGGCAGCCCGAGGAAGGGCGUGGCGAUGCGGCUGGUGCGCGCCGCGCAGCUGGAGGCGGCGCGGAAGAAGGAGGUCAAGUACGAGAAGAUCCGGACCAUCGAGAAGGGCCACCGGCGGCACUUCCACGACGACAUCACCGUCGUGGUGCUCUUCCUCGACAGGUGCCGCGGCGCGGCCCGGUCCGGCCCCGAGGACAUCGGCGGCACCUACGCGCCCGUCGACGUGUUCUCCUGCAGCCCCGCCGGCGACCACGAGGACCCGACGAAGCCCGUCCUGAGGCGUUGAGACUAAUCUCGAAGUUUUUGGUGUGCUGCUCGAGCUCUCGAGACUGAUGGGCGUGCCGUUCUUUCGGUUCUUGAUUUCGCUCUCGAAACGAGAGGUACGUGCAUCGAGUUGCUUCCCGUUUCAAGGAGAAUUUGACUGUACAGAAAGAAAUGUCAUCGAACAUACUGUAGUGUCGUGAUCAUGUGUACCAAACCGUAAACCUCCAUCUAUUCCUUCUUUUGUUUUAAGAGAAUGUGAAUGUUCUACUGCAUUCCAACGA